UCUUGGUAAAUGUAACUUUCAAAAAUGUAGAAAUCAGAGCAAAGAAAGUAUUUAUUCGAAUGUGAAGCUGGGCCAUUUCUAGGAAACAUGAGUUUGCAUACUAAUUCAAGUAUCACGGCAGCAUCUCACAGAUUUCUACAAAUUCACAAAUGUGGGUUCCGAUUACGAUUCAUCUAACGUAGUUUCAACAUCUUCCGGUACAAUUUAAAUGUGUAUUAUUCCCGAUCUAUAAAACGAUCAUGGUUUUGAUCGUAUAAAAAUAAAAUUUACAUCAUGCAUGCACAGGAAUGUGAUAAAACUGAAAUCUACAGUCAGCAUUGUUAUCGCAUCAUCGCAAAAAUAUGCAGGGUGCUGCACUCGGCAAAAGAUUAUUGGAUACGAAAGAAACGCUGCACCUUAUUUAACCGAUCGGUGAACGUUCCUACGUAAAUGUCACGGGCGGUGUUUGGAACGGAUUUAAUGUGAGAAACGAAACGCUCGACAAGAAACCGCAGGAUCAGUGAUGAGGAAAUUGUAUUGAGAAAGAUCAAUUCGCAAACUCACAAAAUGGGAUCGAAGAUAGAAUACGUGGAAUCCUCGCACAUGUACGCGACGAAUUACAUUCGUAAUUCGAAGGCGAUCGGCGUUCUCUGGGGUAUAUUUACCAUAUGCUAUGCCAUAAUCGGGGUUGUGGCGUUUGUCACGCCAGAAUGGUUGGGUGACUUGGAACACGAGAAUCCUGGAAGAUUCGGUCUGUGGACUAGAUGCAGCUACGGUGGAAAUGGUGAAUUGGGCGAAGAAUGUAUCGGCAGAGUAGACGAUUUAUCAACGAUCGCUAACGUUCCUUUCAGAGUAAGCACCAUUCUAGUCGGCAUCGCGGUGAUAAUCGCUCUAUUGACGAUCUGCGCGAUGCUUCUAUUUUUCUUCUGUCAGAGUACAACCGUGUUCUACCUUUGUGCCUGGAUGCAAGUGGUGUCAGCUAUAUCGAUGGCCAUCGGAGUUUGCAUCUAUCCUCUAGGCUGGGAUUCACCGUUAAUUCGAGCCGUUUGCGGUGCAGCUGCAUCCAGAUACAAUCCGGGAGCGUGCGCCGUUAGAUGGGCAAUACCGUUAGCAGCGAUCGCUGCUUUGGACGCUGCCACCUUGGCAGCUCUUGCCUUUAUUUUGGCGUCGAGGCACGUUAGACUACAGCCAGAGCCUUUUAACAAUGGUUCAUUGUACAAAGGCGAAGUAAAUCCAGGAUACGUGAACGAAGCCCAGAGCGUAGCAGGUUCACGGAAGUCCCUGUCCCUGAGACCGGUUCUCCUGGUUGCUCCACCAGAACAGGAUCGCUACAGCGAGCUCUCUAGAGCGAAGUCUCACUCUCAUCACAGCCUGUACACGCCAGCUCCUUCGCAUCCAGCUCAUACGAUGUCGACGAACACCUUGAAUCAUUCUCAACACAAUUUCCAGUUGUAGGGGAAGCUAUAUCCUUGUAUAUAGAGAAUCAUAUCUCGUUGUUGCAAACGUCCCGACGAAUUUAUUGAUAUUAUUAUAAUAGACUAGGAGAGACGAGGAGGCACACUGUACAUAAGAGAAUCUCAAUAUUAUUUUUCUUUAUAUACCAACGUUUUUACUUUUUUCUAAUUUCGGAUCGAUAACUAUUAAUACGAAUAGCCUGGAAAGAAUCGUACCAGGUGAUUUUGUACAUAUCUAGCCCGUUAACUUUUUACCGUGUAUAUUCGUUGUACGUAACUGAAGUUAGUCUUACAUCUAUGCUGUAUCAUAUAUAUUAUUAUAAAUUUAUCGUUUUUUAUCUAUACAUACAUUCCGCUAAUAUGUCGACUACUUAGGGACUCACAAAACUUCGUAGAUUCAUUUCAAUUUUAUUAGAAACAAGUAACAUAAAGUAUUAUCUUACAGAACGAGGAGAAUCUUACAUAGCGAAUAAAAAAUUAUGUAUCGCCGAAUAAAGACGAGACAACGAACAUCA